UUUGCUAACUUACCAGUCAAAUGGCAGACUGCAAGAAUGGAACGAACAAGCAGCUGUAGGAGGAAAACCAUGGCCAGACAACAUAAAGCUGAAGUUAUGAUUGCUGGAGAGCAACUCAGGCUGAGGCUUCACGAUGGGAAGUUGAUCAAGGAGCGACGGUACCACUUGCGCACAUAUCCUAACUGCUUCGUGGCCCAAGAGUUGAUAGACUGGCUCGUGAGCCACAAGGAAGCUCCUGAUCGGCCCACGGCUAUCUGCCUCAUGCAGCACCUCAUGGACCAUGACAUCGUUCACCACGUCUGCGACAAGCGCCCCGUGUUCAAAGAUGCAAAACUGCUGUACCGUUUCCGCAAGGAUGAUGGCACAUUCCCCUUUAACACAGAGGUGAAAAUCUUCAUGCGAGGGCAGCGACUGUAUGAACAUCUCAUAGCAGGCAAGGACUCCAUUCUGCAGCUAAGAGAGGAGCAUGGUGUUGCAUAUCAGCGCUCCUUUCCCGGCUGCCAGUUGAUUGACUGGCUCCUUCAGAACGGCGAGGCAGAGAGCCGCCGCCAGGGACUGGAGCUGUGCCGUGCAUUGCAGGAACAUGGCAUCAUUCAACAUGUGUCAAAGAAGCACAACUUCUUUGACAGUGGGCUUCUGUAUCAGUUCUGCAUCAAUUUUCGCCGCCGGCGUCGCCUGUCUGAGUUGAUAGAUGAAAGUGAGCGAGACAACAAGGAAGGGGUGACAGUGCAGACACACGAGGACAGCCAUCCCGAGAGUCCUUUCAUCCUGCGCAAGAACCCACCGCAGGAGGGCAACAGUGGAUUCCAGUCUGUGGGCUCGAGUAAAAACGUGAAACAGGUUGCCAGUGGGCGACGAGGCAGCUUGAAUUCCCUUCAGCUUCACUCUGCAGCAUUUACGCCCCUUGUCCAGCUGUCAUCAUCAUCCCCACCGGUGAGAUGCAAUCCUAAAUCAGUGCUCACAAGAAGUUUUACAUGUGAGGAGCUAUUGGCACCUGGGGCACCCUUCAUCAAAAAAGUGUUGACGGUGAUGGGGGACGCCUUGGGCUGGGGCUUCGUCGUCAGAGGCAUGGCUCCCUGCUACGUCCAGGCUGUGGACCCUGGGAGCCCUGCAGCAGCAGCUGGAGUCAAAGUUCGUCAGUUUGUGUGCCAGGUGAACGGCCAGUGUGUCCUCUACCUGGACUACCGCACCGUCUCCAGGCUGGUGAUGACAGGACCGCGCAUCGUUGUCUUAGAAGUCAUGGAGCCACUGGAAAGACCACGCCUGCAUUAA